AUGGGCAACGAGAACAGCACCUUGGACCACCAGAGGACUUCAUCAGUUCAGAAUACAAGAUCAUUGCAACCACCUGGGGAUAGUCACUCUCUACAGAAGAAGCAAGGAGACUCGGUUGGAACUGGCCCUGGCAGCACUGGCCUAGGAGGCUCCUGCUCUGCUUCUGAGAGUACUGCCAGUCUGGAUCCAUGUACUGUGUCCCCAGAGGUGACUGAGCCAGGGAAGCACCCUCAGGGAUCCAGGGUGCCAGAAGGUUCUCCACUGCCCAGCUCAUCACUGCCCUGGGAACAGGCGUGCUCCUCAGCCUCCAUGCCCUUCACUGAGUGUCCCCCAGAAGGCUGCUUGGCAAGCUCAGAAGCAACACCUGAAGAUGGUACCCUUACUCAUCACCCUAGAAGGGAAGCCUCCCCCAGUAUCCAAGGGGAUGCCUUAGCAACAUCUACUCUUGAAGGGGAUGGCUUCACAAAGCACACAAUGGUUGCCACAGCCCCUAGUGGUGAAGAAAAUGAAGAACUGAAGAAAGAAGGACAGAACUCAUCUUCCAGUUGCACUGGCCAAUUGCCAGAAAUUUCCCUAGUGCCUCCCCGGGAGUCAAGGACAGAGCAGCUAUGUGGUGAAGGUGACUGGCCUGGUGGUUUUGAGUCCCAAAAGAAAGAGGAUGUAAAUGACUACUUGCCCCCAGAGUCUGCCACUAAGGCCCCUGCUGCCACCCAACUGGCAAUGGAAAGCUCAGAUGUCCUAGAAGAGUCGCCCCCAAAACUUGAGGCCAUGGUCCCACAAGAUCCAGGCCUAAAAUCAUCUGACAAAGAAGGAAGUAGAGUGGAGGUGCUACCUACAUAUUCAGCCAAGAACCUGGAAUUUCUUGGAGGUGGCCAUCCUUCUAAAAGCAACUCGGGGACUAAGCCUGGAGCUGGGACAAACACUGGCUCCCAGGAACACUGCCAGCAGAAAGUAGAAAUGCAUCUGCCACAGGCAGAACUGCCCUUAGCCCCACUAGGUUUUGUCACAGCACCAGGAGACAGUGAUUCCUGGAAGGAGACUCAACAAGACACCAGCAAUUUUCAGAGUCAACCACAGACAGGGCCAUCAGGAACUGAGCCCCAGCAAGUUGUCUGUGUGGCAUCAGGCAGCCAACCAGACAGGAGCUUGCUUGGGAGCGCUGAGGCCCCUCCAUUCGCUAGAACAAAGGAAACACAUACAGCUUCGAGUCCCACUGUACACCCGGCGGCUUGGAAUUCUGUCACCUCAGAAGAAGCCAGCUUGGCCAACGAGUCAGGUUGUGAGGCUAAGAUGCCAGUUUCUGCAGAUCUGGCCACAGGACAGGUAGAUAUGGGGGUGGUGGGGCUGAAGCCUGCAUCAGAUCUGGGAAGAACACAACAACAACCAGAAGGUAGUCUCCAAGGGGUCCCUGCCCCUUUCUUGCAGGGGCAAAAUGAUACAGUCCUAGAAGGGCUGUUGCCGCCAACUUUGUCUCAUGGGGUUUCAAAUGAAAGUUCUAGACAGUCAGUAGGACCAACUGAUGGUCGUAAGGCCCCCAAGAAUACUGAAAAUAGAGUUGUGGUUGUCAAGAAAAGCAGAUCACCUGGAAACAACCCUCAGAGGCAGCAAGAAGCCACCAGAGCCCUUGAUGAUACCCGGUCUGUGAACGGUGAGGAAGAGAGGUCCCAGGCCUUUCACAGCAAGUUCCAUCUGGAGUCUGACAAAGAUGACUCAAAGCCACAUAGUGGCUCUCCCAAAUCAGACUCAGCACAGCCACCUAGACAGGCAGUUGCUGACCACGAGGAUGGGCUCCACACUGGGUCAGCAGAGGCUGUGGGGCGGGUGGUUGCUGAAUCCCACAUAUCUGACGCAUGCACCUCACUGCACAAACUCUCUGAGGAGGGCCCCAUCCUGUCCUCAGUAUCAGACGGAACCGGUGAGCACUUUCCUCUCCAAGAAGCCAUCUGGGAAAGUUCAGAAUCUCAGACCAAAAGCCCCAGCAUGCUUCAGGACAGGGGAGAAUUGGGAACAACAGAGUCACUUCCUGCUUUAGACUCUGAGAAAUCAGAUUUCCUGUCUGCUCCAGCAGUGGAGGAGGUGUCCAGAGCUGGGGAGGUGGAGAAUAUAUUGGAAAUAAAGAAGAGCCACUCGCCCUUGCAGAGGCCCUACAGCUGUGAUGGGGAAGGCUUGCUGGUGUGCCCAGGCCAACCUUGUGGGCUGGAGAAGGUUGAACCUGGACAAGAAGUCCAUACUGAUGUGUUACCUUUCAGCAGUGGGAGGAGCUCAACAAUGGGCCACGGCCUUGCGAUGCUCAGUCUAGAACAAGAUUGUCAGGAAAAGCUGUCCUGCCCAGAGAACAGCCUCUCACCACCUUCUGAGAACCCGCUCCAGCCAUCCCAACUGGACCCGGGAGCAUCCACCUUUGCUAUUCUCCAUGAGAAGGCCCAAUCAUCUACAAAUGGGCAAGGGCCUUGUCCAAGUGGCCCAGGUCUGAAGAAGCAGGGUGCAAAUCCUUCCCCAAUUCUAGUGCCCAUGGAAGGGGAGCCUUGGGUAGGUGUGAGCUUGCCCACUCCUAGAGGAAAGGAACAGGCUUCAGAACUUCCACCCCAAGGCAGCCCGUGCAGUACUCCAAAUUCAUCACCCAGGGAUACAGAUCUCGGAAAGGCACCAUCAGAGGAGUCAGACCCAUCAACCUCACUGGGACAGACGUUGCCUGCACUAGGGGUAAAUGAACAAGAAGGCACAGGCGGUGGCAGUCAGCCAUCAGAGAUCCUGCAUCCUGCAGAAAACACCUCUCUUACAGGAAACUUGGAUGGAAAGGACAGUUGCUGCAUCCGGCAGGGGCUGAGCAAGUCCCAACAGGAACUGGCUGAUGCUUUGAAAGCAGGCAGCCAGCGUGAAGAAGCAUGUUGUGGGGACUCAGGCGUUUCUGAAGCAGGUGAUAUACCGCCCCUGCCUCAAGGCUUGGGUAAGACAGAGGGGGCAAGUAGAGACAUAGUGGAGGCUCCGCCUUGUCCACCUGACUCAGUAGCUCUCCUGGAUACAGCACACUGUUCUCCAGCCCCAGUGCCUACCAGCCCCAGAGUCACACCCACCCGGGGUGCACUAGAGAGUGAGGCCUGUGAUGAAAGCCAGGAAGAGUCGUGCCCACAGCUGGAAAUGGAGCAGCCGGCCACCUUAGGUGCAGAAGCACAGGGACCUCUUGGAAGUUUUCCGAGUGCAGAGGAGCAAGAUGGUGGAUCUGCGGAGGUGAAUGUUGACACCAGCCAAGGAGACCCUGGGAUGCAGCAGGCUUCAGAGGGACCACAAGCUGCUCUACAUGGUGGCUUCUUUCAGGCGGAGCAGUGCCUCAUGUCUGGGAAAGAAGCUUACACCUCCACCCUGACUGAGCUGUGCCAGCUUGAACAGCUUGAGCCCAGCUGCCGGGAUGCCUUGCUGCCAGCUGGAGAAUCAGAUAGGAUUCCUGGAAGUACAAAGGACAUUCUGGCACCCGGCACUGUUUCAGACCCACCGAGGCUGCUGCCGGCUGGACCACCUAAAGAGACUCUGCCUGAUGCCCCUUACCUACAUAUCAACAGCACUGCCAGGGAGGUCGCAGGAGAUGGUAGCAUGAGCACCGUUUCCUCUGAGGGCCCCAGAGCACCUCAUGAAAGUCCCUGCCCCAUAAAGGAGCUCCCACCUGUUUUGGAAAAUGACACUCCUGGAAAGGUAUCAGAUGUCUCCUUCACCACACUCUUGCAACCGGGAACUUCAGGUGGGAAAAUCUCUGCAGCCGGGGCUGGUAGUGGUAGACCUCAAGCUGGAACCACUGAGGGACCUGUGAAUCUCAUGCCCUACCUGGACAGGAUGACUUACCUGGACAAAAAUGAGCAGAUGACAAGAGAGAUGCAUGGGGCUGCAGCUCCAGAAACAAAUGCCAGGCCCUCUGAGGUUGCAGCAUCCCCUGUCAGUGGGGAUGCAGCAGGAGAGACAGGGGGCAGCAGGAAGAGGACAGUAGAACUCACCCCAGAUCUGAAGGCUGGUGUGUCAGGUAGUGAGGGUGCAAGUUCCAAGCAGACCAGCAUAAUUACGGGGCUUCCUGACUUCAGAGAGCACAUCACCAAGAUCUUUGAGCAGUCUGUGCUUGGAGCCCUGGUUGCCAAUCGGCCCCAGAGUAUAUCUGGUGAAAAGGCAGGAGCUUCAAGGAAUUUUCUGGUUGAGGGCCCAGGGAUAUCACUAAACCCAGAGAAGCUUCUAGAUGGGGCUCAAGGAGUGGCUGCUGCCUAUCUCCCUGUACUUCCUGCUGGACUCCAGGUAGAGAAGAAGCAAGAGUUGAUUGUUGAGGCUGAGAUUUCUCAUCUGGUUCCCCAGGAUCCAGCACCAGAGAAGCUGGUGGGUCUGGCCAAGACAGCCUUGGAGGAGAACCUUCCAGGUGCCAGUAUUGUGGCUGAGGGGACUGGGGAGCCUGACCAGGGAGCUCAGGCUCAUUCACAGCAGGGAAAAAGCAGGCAGGAAUCAGCAUUGGGUCUUCCCUCCUCUCUAGCUGUUGAGAUGGUACCAGCAGAAAGAGCUCCCAGGUUUCCUGUGGUUCCCCACAGCCACACAGAAGAACCUUCUAGAAAAGAGCACCUAGAAACACUGGCCAGCAACAGUCAACACAGAGGAGAUGGUACCUGGGACCUCGCUCACACCAAGGGCUCAAGUAAUCUACCAGGACCCACCUGUGCCCCGGAGGGCUCUUCUCACGAAAGUCUUUUGACUGUGCCUGAAUCUAACAGUGAUCCACAGAUCUCUGCCACACUUGGCGGUGGAAGAAGGCCGGAAGUUGCUGUCAGUCCUGCAGAAAUGCAAAAUGUGCUGGGCUACCAGGAUACCCCCGAACCGCUGGCUGGAGAAGUGUUGGCUACUCCUCUGGGGCCCAGCAAAAUGGUGAGAGCUACUGAGGCAGCAGCAGGUGACAUCACACCAAGCACAGCUGAGAUGUGUGCAUGUGUGUCUGGUGACCUCCUUGAAACAGGUACUACAAGGAUGUUUCCUGCUGUGGCAGGUGACUCAGCACUGCCUGGGAGCUAUCAGGACCCAGGAUGCUCUAACAGGGCUGAGACAAUGGAAGACACAGCCACCCUUCAAGGGGACAGCCAGGCCGGAUACCAUCAGGCCAAGGAACAGUUGGGGCCUCAGCUCCCUGCUCCAGCAGGGUGUGGGAAGACGAGUGUCUCUUCAGCUCCAGAGCCUGAUGGAAGCAAAGUCAUGAAGCUGCACCUCUUGGCUCCAGAAGAACUCCACACUGACAGCGCCCCCAGAACUGAUGAUGUCAUCCAGCUGGCUGCUCCUGCAGACCUGGGACACCCACCCUUAGCUGAUUCUUCCGGUCAUGGUGACAAUGCCAGCUCAGACUCUACACAUCUGACAGUCCAGAGGUACAGUAGAAACAUGGCUGGGGCUGCCUGAGCCCAGGCCCCAUGGGUUCUCCUUCCUUCUCUUCCCUUGUCCCCUGCAUACUCCUCUCACAGUGUCUGUAUACCUGUCCUAAACACAGUUGGCGUGUGUCAGGGCUUAGCUUCAUGUAGCUUUAAUUGUACUCUGAAAGAACACUGGAAGCCCUCCAGAGUGUAUGUGCUGUUUCAGGAUGUGGUUUAGGGAACUGGCUACCUGCUGGCUGCCUGGGACACCAGCUAGGCCGGCUGCUUGUUUUCUUCUGUCUUUGGUAAGGAUCAGAGAACAGAGGAGUCAGCAGAGCAUGGGAGGAGGAACCAGGCUCACAGCUCGAGUGGCAUGGAAGGCACAGUGCAGGACCAUACAGCAGCUGGUUACUUAGUGCCCAUGGUCAGGAAGCAGAGAGAGGUGAGCUCCAGUGCUCUACCACUGCCUCUAAUGGCAUAGGACCAACCAUAGUUAGGGUAGCCUUCCCUCUUCAGUUAACCCAUCAAGAAAGUCCCUCCCAGUCCUGCCCAGAGACUUGUGUCCUCGGUGGUUCUAGAUCCUGUCCAAGUUGACAAUGUUAACUGACAAAGUCUCUGACUGUACACAUCUUAACUUAUAUUCAUAGUCUCCAUCUGUACACAUUCUAAUGUAUACUUAUGUCUAUAAAGCCACUGCGUUUUACCAGAUCCUCUAUAGCAUUGGGGAAACCUAGGUGAGCAGGACAGAGAAGGGACUUUGCAUCCUGGA